AAGCUGGACGGCAGGCGGAGAGGGCCCAGGUCCGACCGCCGGAGGACGGACAGCGCCGCGUGUGCCGACCCGGAGAUUCUGGGCCGGAUGGCCGAGGGGACGUCGGAAGCCGCGAGGCCCGGGCCGAAGUCCCGGUGGAAGAGGGCGAAGUCCCGUCCGGAAGACGGAAAGCCGGAGGCCGUCUCCGAGCUCAGGAGCGCCGAUGGUGCCGACAGUGCGGGGGCGCCCCCUCUGGAAGCGGGGGUCAGGAAGACCGAGGGGAGACCGCCGGGACGGAGGGGCAAGGGAAAGCGAGCCGCGAGGGCGCACUGGAGGAGAGCCGGCAGAGAGGCGAGCCUGGCCCCCGCCGCCGCCGCGCUCGAACCGCCGGCCGGGGAGCCCGCAGUCUGCCCCGCAGGACCACCGCAGCCCCCCGAGCCGACCCCCGAAGCCGGCAGCCGCAGCCCGGCCGCGGAGGGCCCAGAGCUGGGGAUCCCCGGGCUCAAGCUGAAGCGCGUGAGGAACCCCAAGGCUCUGCUGGCCAGUUCCGCCCGGGCCCGGUCGGGCCGCGACGCCAAGGGCUCCUCGCGGAAGAAGCAGAGCAAGUUCGUCUGGACGCUGACGCUGGUCAAGGGGAAGGGCAAGGCCACGAGGGUGCCGGAGAGCCCGCCCCGGGAGCCCCAGGACACCCAGGAGCCCCAGGACACCCAGGACAUCCAGGACACACCGCAGCCCAGCGAGAAGUGGGUGAUCGCCUGUCCCGAAGAGGAGGCCCAAGGAAAGGGCUCCGCGGCGCCGGCGAGCAGGCCGGGCCGGAAGCGGCGCUCGUCGGCCAAGAGGAAAGCGAGGACGGCCCGCGGGCCAGAGGGCGCCGGGGAGGAGCCCCUGGGGGAGCCCCCCGCCGUCCUCCUGCCGUUCUCCCCGGAGCAGUGCAGCAGGAUGCAGCCUUCGCUCCUGAUCGAGAGGAUCCGGCCCGAGCUCGCGGAGCCAGACACGGGCUCGGGGAGCAGCAGGGAAGCCCCGGGAGAGCAGCCCGCGCAGGUGGAGCCGGCCCCUCUUCCUCCCCCGUCUCCCCCUCCCCCCACCUCCUCCUCCCCUCCGCCUCCCCCUCCCCCCACUCCUCCUCCUCCUCCUCCCCCCCCUCUUCCCAGGGCGAAGCUGGGCUCCCCCGCAGGCUCCCCGAGGAAGAGGCGGGGGCACCGGCCCUGGUCCAACAGCAAGCGCAGGUCCAGGGCGGUGCAGAAGCCACGCGCGGAAAGCCCCCCCGCCCUGCCCGCCGUCCACGUGCUGUUGCCCGCGAUCGACGCGCUGGUGGAGAGGACGCACCCCGCCCCCGCGGGCGGCGCCCCGAGAAAGAGGCGGCGCUCCAAGAAAGUGCGCCCCGCGCCCGCGCCGACGCCUACACCUGCACCCCCAGCUCCGGAGGGGGAGACGGGACCCCCGCCGCCGGCAGAGGCUUUGGAGACGGUGGCGCCCGAGCCGCCGGUCUCCACCCCUCCGGAGCCGGAGCACCCGAUUGAGAAAGCGGUGGACGAGGAGACGCGGGAGGGAGAGGUCCUGGUUCUGGAGCCUCCUGCGUCGGACGAGAAGGAGGAAGAGGAGGAGGAGCAGCAGCAGCAGCAGCCGCAGCCUGACCUGCCGGCAAAGCCCCUCAAGCACGGCCGGCGGCGCAGGCCCCACAUCGGCCGCAGGGUGAAGAGGAAGGCUGCUGUGGCGCCCGCGGCGGCCGGCGAGGAAGGCCUCCCGGCCGCCACGUCCGCGACGACCAGCCCCAAGCUGGUGGGCAUCCUGAAGGCCAAGUACAGAAGGAAGCCGGCUUCCUCCGCCCUGAUGUUCCUGGGCGCCAAGCGGCCCCGCGGGCGGCCGCCGUCCCUGGCCAAGCAGGCGGAGCGCGAGCUGGCCCAGCAGCUCCUCUGCAAGGCGGAGAAGGAGGGCGGGGAGGCGCCGCACCCUGCCUGCAGGGACCUCCAGCGCGGCAAGUCCAGGUUCCUCAAGAACAUCCGGCACUUCAUCAUGCCCGUGGUCAGCGCCCGCUCCUCCCGGGUCAUCAAGACGCCCAAGCGCUUCAUGGACGACGACGGCAUGUCCGUCCUGCCGCGGAGGCACUCCCCGAAGAAAGCCCACCACCCGGGGGGGGGCGGGUUCGGAGGUCGCAGGCUGCACGGUAAGAUCGAGGACCUGGACUCGCCCGGCGUGGUGCGCAAGGUCGCCGUGCGCGUGCGUGUGCGCCCGCUGGGCUGCGACGCCCUGGCGCCGGGAGACGACGACGAGGAGGAGGAGGAGGAGCAGGAGGAGAAGGACCAGGCCGGCGUGGAUCCUGCAGACUCCUCCGAGCUCUCAGCGCAAGGAGAAGGAGAGCUUUGGGCGCCCAGCCUGUCGGGUGCGGCGCCGGGAGAGUCCCAGCAGGACCCGAGCACGGAGGGCGACCGGGUGGUGGUGGAGGAGAGCGGCACCUCCCACAAGAUCCGGCUCACCGGCGCCAACAAGAGGAUGUUCCACCUGCUGAAGAGGGCCAAGGUGCAGCUGAUCAAGAUCGACCAGCAGAAGCAGCUCAAGUCCUCUCAGUGCAUCCUAGGGAAACGCCGGCGUUCGUCCCUCAGCGUGUACCAGUCCAGCGAGGAGGAGGGGGAGGGGGCCCGGUCGUCCCCGGCGACGGGGGCCCCCCCCCCGGACGAGCAGGGCGGCUCGGUGAGGAAGCAGCCGCGCCGCUGCGCCAAGCAGCGCUCCUACUUCGACCUGCUGGACUCGGACGACUCCGAGGCCGACCUGCCGGCGAGCCACUCCUCCGCGUCCUCGCCCGGCCGCAGGCGGGCCAGCUCUCACCGCAGCGCAGAUUUCAUCCCCCUGGACGACAUCCCGGACGAUGACGAGCAGUCGGAGGACAGCGCGAAGCAGCGCCGGGCCGGCCAGAGGGGCCAGCCCAGCCGCCGGCGCUCCGACAAGUCCAUCCCGCAGGCACCUCGGCUAGGACAGCAGCAGCAGGGGAAGGAGCAGCAGCUGGCUCUGCUGCAGGAGCAGUGCCCGCAAACAGAGCGGGAUGCGCAGUCAGAGCAGGAGUCUGCGCAGACAGGGCGGUCGUCUGCGCAGGCCGCGCAGGAGGCUGGGCCGCUGGAAGAUGGCCAGCAGACCGAGCCCGAACCCGAGGAGCGGGAGGUGGAGGGAGGUGACAAGAGCCCCCUGGAGCAGACCCCACCCAGUGUGCUGGCAGCUCUGGCCAACGGGUUUGCCCAGAGGGAGAAAGAGCCCUCCGAGCCCUCGCACAAGAUCCGCGUCGACUUCAAGGAGGACUGUAACAUCAGGAACGUGUGGCUGAUGGGAGGGCUCAGCAUCCUCACCUCGGUUCCCAUCAUCCCUCAGUACGUCUGCCUGCUGUGUGCCAGCAAGGGCCAGCAUGAGAUGUUGUACUGCCAGGUGUGCUGUGAGCCCUUCCACCGCUUCUGCCUGGAGCCCGGAGAGCGCCCCCUGCAGGAGAACAAGGAGAACUGGUGCUGUCGCCGCUGCAAGUUCUGCCAUGUGUGUGGGAGGAAGAACAAGCACUCCAAGCCCCUGCUGGAGUGCGAGCGCUGCCAAAACUGCUACCACCCUUCCUGUCUGGGACCCAACUAUCCCAAACCCAACAAGCGCAAGAAGUCCUGGGUGUGCAUGACCUGCAUCCGCUGCAAGAGCUGUGGCGUGACGCCGGGGAAGAGCUGGGAUACAGAGUGGAACCACGAGAAGAGCCUGUGUCCCGACUGCACCAAGCUCUACGACCAGGGUAAUUACUGUCCCAUCUGCUUCAAGUGCUACGAGGACAACGACUACGACAGUCAGAUGAUGCAGUGUGUCAAGUGUAACCACUGGGUCCAUGCCAAGUGUGAGGGGCUCUCAGACGAGCUGUAUGAGAUUCUGUCCAGCCUGCCGGAGAGCGUCGUGUACUCUUGCGCCCCCUGUGGCCAGUCCCAGCCCAGCCUGUGGAAGGAGCUGCUGAACGCUGAGCUGCAGGCCGGGAUAGAGAAGGUGCUGGCCUGCCUGCUUACCUCCACGCUCACCGGCCACCUGGUGCACUGCGAAGAGUGCCAGGUGCUGACGGACGGCGCCAGCGGCGGCGCGGAGGGCGGCGCCAUCUGUGACCUGAGGGCUGUGGGCAGGAAGUUCGACAGCGGCCUCUACACCACGCUGAAAUCAUUCCAUGAGGACGUGGUUCAGGUGAUCCGGGGGAGGAUGGAGGAGGAGAGCAGUCUUCCCGAGGAGAAGCGACCCACCUCCGUCGCCCGAUCCUACUACCUGACGUUGCUGGGGAAGAUCUUCAGCUGGUUCAAUGGCCAGGACACCAAACUGUGGGAUCCGCGUUCCAAAGAGUUCCCCACCGGGAUGCUCCCGAACGCAGUCCUGCCCCCCUCCACCGAGCACGUCUACGCCCAGUGGCGCGAGCGCGAGGACUGGUGCGGCGCCGCCGGCCUGCGGCGGAGCGAAGCCCAGUUAGAGAUCAAGCCCGAGGAGGAAGGGAUGCAGAUCCCCACCCCGACCAGCAGGAGGCCCCAUCCCCGGACCAACACCAGAACCCACCGCCUCAAGGCCAAAGGGAAGCGGAGCCGCCCGUCCGGGGCCGACGUGGACACCGGCUGGUCCAAGGAGGACGAGAGACAGUGCGCCUUGUGCCAGAAAUACGGAGACACCAAGUCCAACGAUGCGGGCAGGCUGCUGUACCUGGGUCAGAACGAGUGGGCCCAUGUCAACUGCUCUCUGUGGUCGGCCGAGGUCUUCGAGGAAGAGAACGGCUCUCUGAUGCACGUCCACAGCGCCGUGACCCGAGGGAGGCUCAUGCGCUGCGAGAGAUGCAACCAGCCGGGGGCGACGGUGGGCUGCUGCCUGCCGUCCUGCCAGAGUAACUACCACUUCAUGUGCGCUCGCUCCAACAACUGCGUCUUCCAGGAGGACAAGAAGGUCUACUGCCACAAGCACCGGGACCUGGUCAGCGGCAAGACGGUGUCGGGGGACGGGUUCGAGGUCCUGCGGAGAGUCUACGUGGAUUUCGAGGGGAUCAGCCUUCGUCGGAAGUUCCUGACCGGUCUGGAGCCGGAGUCCAUCCACAUGAUGAUCGGCGCCCUGCAGAUCGACAAGCUUGGCGUGCUGACGGAGCUGUCCGCUCUCCAGGGCAAGCUCUUCCCGGUGGGAUUUCAGUGCACUCGGUGGUACUGGAGCACGGUGAACCCCAGGAGGCGCUGCAGGUACACCUGCCGGGUGAGGGAGGUGCGCCCCCCGGUGGUGGAGAAGCUGGUGGAGGAAACGCCAGACCAGGGGGAUAACCGCACCAUCGCGCACAGCCCCUGUCCCCCAUCAGAGGAGGAGCCCCCCGAGACGGAAGCCGGCGCCUGCCCCCCUCCCGCUGAGGCCCCCGCCAGCGCCCCCACCCCGCUGUCCAAGCCGGAGCCCGGGGCCCGGCCAAAGGCCCCGAGCUACCCCCAGACCCGGAGACCAGCGGGGGGGCUCUCCAGGCCGCUGCCCUCCCCAGGGAGCGCCCUGUCCAAAUCUCACCACAUCCUGACAAUCAGCGACCUGGAGGAGACCCGACGCCCGCGCCGGCACAGCCCGCUGUCCCACGGCCCCGGCCCCCGCGCCCGCAUCGCCUCCCCUCCGCUGGGGGUCCCCUCAGGACCAAUAACGCUCAGAGCCGGGGGGUCCCUGCACCCCAAGCCCCCAGCGGGGGCCCUGCCGCUCUUCCCACUUGGUGCUACUGAAAACCUGCUGACCUCUGCCCCGCCCCGCCCUGGCAGCCGCACUACCUCGGCCAGGGGGGCUCCCUUGGCGGCGGGGGCCCCCACUUCUACCUCAGGACUCUUUCCGCCCUGGCAAGGCGGCGGCGCCGGCAGCCCGGCGUCUGGGUCGGGGCCCCCCGUCUCCCCGGGCGAUCCGUUGUCCUUUCCCCCUCCCGCCCCGGCUUCCCAGCCGCUCCCCCGGCCCAAACUCGCCUUCGACGGGCAGUUCCUCCGCCAGCCGGACUCCGCAGAGGUGCCCCACGACUUCCUGGCCACCCCGGGCCCGGACCCGGACCAGGCGGGGGCGGCGGCCGCCAACGGCACGGCCUCCCCGUCGCUGGACUCCAGCCCAGGGAAGGGCGCCCACGUGGCGUCGGAGCCGGAGUUCCCCUACGCCCCCUUCGACGUGGACUCGGACGUGGCCAUGGCGUCGGUGCUGAACGCCGAGCUGGAGUUCGACGAGAGCCUGCUGAACGAGGACAUGGCGCUGCACUGCGGCGCCCAGAUCGUGGUGGGCGAGGAGGAGCCCGCCGACGAGUUCAGGGAGGCGGCCGAGGAGACGGGCCGGCCCGCGGCGAAGCCCCUGUGCCGCCCCGCCGUGGAGGACUGGGCCAACACCUCCUCCGACGAGGACAUGGACAACUACUUCGACUUCUCCCGCACCGUCGUGGCCGCCCGCGACCCGCCGGACGCCCCGGCUCCCUCCUCGGGCUCCGUCCCGCAGCUGGACGGGGUGGACGACGGCACCGAGAGCGACGCCAGCGUGACGACCAGCGACGGGCCGCAGAACUUGAAGAACGCCGGCCAGAACCAGGGCCAGGGCCAGGGCCAGGCGCCGGCGGCGGAGGAGGAGGCGGGGGCUCGCAGCAACGGCCUCUCGGAUCCCAGCGCGGCGCCCCUGCUCCUGGACAGGAAGGCCAGCCUGUUGUGCCCCCAGCCUGCGGCGCCCGAGCAGGGGAGCUCGGCACCCCCAGAGGAAGCCGUGGCGACUGACCCUGGUGCUUUGAGACCUUUCGCCUGCGGGGUUGCGGCAACCCCCCUGGAGAGUCGCGCGCCGCUGGCAGGGAACGUCUCGUCUUCCGGAUGCCAGUCCCUGGCUCUGGGGGACCCGACGGCGGAGCCGGGACUCUCCCUGGAGGAGCCUGCGCCCCCAGAGCUGUGCCCCCCACUGGUCAGCACCCUGCCAUUUGUAGGCGGAGUGGCGGCCGCGUUGCCGCCAGGCGCCCAGGCUCUCGCCGAAUCCCUCUGGCCGCCUGUCGGGGCUUCGGGAGAAGCGAAGUCCUUGGCGGAGAGCUACGGAUCGGGGGCGGGCGGCGAGCCCGUCCCGGCGGAGGCCCCCAAGGAGGUUUUCCUGGACCCCAGCAGCGGUCACUUCGUCUCGGCGAAGGAUGGCACCCUGGUGUACUUCGGCGGUGGCGGCGCGGCGGAGGGGGUCUCCGAGCAGCUCGCGGCGGGACAGCCGCUGCUCCCCUCCACCCCGUGCCUGAACGGCAGCCGCGAGGCCGGGGCCGACCCGUUCAAGGAGGGCUCCCCCCCCUUUGCCCAGCUCCUGAAAUCCACUCCCCUUCCCGUCCCGCUGGCGGCGGCGGCGGACCCCCUGAAGCUGAGCCCCCCGGUCCAGAUCACCACGCCCCCUUUCAAGCCCCUGCCGGUCCCCUACAUCCGUGCCCCCCUGGACCCGGGCCUCGCCGCCCGGGUCGCGCCCGUGCUGCCCCCGAUGGAGAGCUUCCGCACCCCGCUGCUCGCGGCCGGGGAGCAGAGUCGGCCCUUGUCCAGCCCAGGCCCGGCCUCCAUCACGCACAUAACUGUGGCCCCGGGGAGCACCCCGACUCUCCAGACAGGGGUGACCUACGUGUCCCCUUCCAGCUACGCUCCUCAGCCUGAGGGCCCUGGAGUUGCCCUGAGCCAGGCCGCGGGUGUGUCUCUGGGGUCCUACGGGCCCGUGUCCCUCCCGGUCUUUUCCCACUCGCUUCCACCUGGCUCCUCCGCGGUCUCCGUCAUGCCUCCAUCUUCCUCCUCCUCCUCCCUGUCCCUGCUGAGUCCCAGCCCCGAGCUCAGGGAAGGCCUGUGUUUCCAAAGAAGGGAGGCGGCCCUGUGCCAGCCCAUCCGCCCCCACCCCCCCGCUGCCGCCGGGCCUCCCCUCGCCCCCCCCGCCUCCGCCCCCAUCCUGAUCAACGGGUACAGCUCUGCCGCCCUGCAGAAGGACCCCGCCGCCCCCCGGGGGCGCACCAUCUCCAUCAACUUCUCGGCCCCCCGGCCGGCGCUGGAGCAGCCCCAGCAGCACCUGGUCAGCCAGGGCCUGCCGGGCCACACGGUGCUGACCGUGCGCGAGGUGGGCGGCCCGAACGUGGACCCCACCCCGCAGGUGCUGCUGGUGAACCGGUACGGGCAGAUCUUCGUCAAGAACCCGGAGAACAACACCUUCCAGCUGCCCACGUCCAGCUCCCCGCUCAGCUGCAUCGGGCAGAUCGCCAGCAUCCUGCAGAGCAGCGCGCUGUCCUCCACCCUGGGCGGGGCCCCCGCCGGGGUCACCCACGCCACCUUCCAGACGCACGCCCCCCGCAUGGUGACGCCGGUGCCCGCCGCCUCUCACGCCGCGCCCUCCCCGUACCCGCCGAGCGCCGCGGCCCGGGUCGUGGCUUACGCCAGCAACGGAGGCGUGAGCGCCGCCGACCUGCUGGUGGCCCGGGGCCUGGCGCUGCCCGCCGCGAGGGCGCUGGAGGAGAAGAAGCCCAAGAAGAGGAGGGCGCCGCCAGCCGCCAGGAGGCCGAAGCCGCUUCCCACCUCUUCCUCCUCCUCCUCCUCCUCGCCCUCUGCGGCCAACCCCCUCGAUCCGCACGCUGCGGGUGUGCCCACCGUGGUGAUCCGCACCCCGCAGCUCGGCGCCCGGAGCGGGGCGGCGCUGCCGGCCCACCCCAAAGCCAUCUUCGGCCCCUCCAGGUCGGGCCCCCGCGUCCUCGUCCGGGCCGCGCACCCCAGGGGCCCCCCAGCCCUGGGCCGCAACCGCGUCCUGAGCUCUGUGGUGAUGCCCCCCGGCCUGCUGAUCGAGCCCCAGGCCCAGCCGGGGCCCGCGGCCCCCUCGCCCCGCUCCCAGGUCCGCGUCAAGCGGGUGUCCUCCCUCUCCGACCGGAUUGCCGUCAAGAAAUCCAAGGUGGACUUCGUGGCGCUGGAGCCGCCCUGCUCCCAGGAGGAGCUGCGCCGAGCACAGAGCUCAGCAGCCAGCAGGUCUGGGGGAGUCCGUAUGAAAACUCCGACCGUGAAGGGGGUUCUGGAUCUGGACAAGCCCAAGGAAGACCCGUACAGCGACUUGGAGAACAACAGGCUGGCCUCCUGGGAUCAGCUGACGUCCGUGGCCGGGCGGGUGGGCGCCGAUCCUCGCCCCGAUAGGUCCCUGGCCUGCAGCAGCGUGGGGCGCAGUGCGCUGACGGACUGGAACAGAUACUCAGGCGUGGCGUCCAGCUCGGAGGACGAGCCCCCGCUGCCCGAGCCAGACGAGGAGACGCCCGUGAGCAGAGACCAGCCCCACCUGCUCUUUGAGAUCCGCAGCGAGGACGGCUUCCACAUCGAGGCCGACAGCAUCGAGGUGGCCUGGAAGGCAGUGAUUGAUGGAGUCCAGGAAGCCCGAGCCAGUGCCCGCCUGAAGCAGCUGUCCUUUGCAGGUGCGGACUCAUGCCUUUUAAAGCUUAUAAUAAAAGUUAAUGAGAUAGUUAAUUUGUGGUCCUUCUCCUUGUCUCUAUUCCAUCUGUCAGUGUGUGAGAUGCAGGGAAUUGGUCCUGCAGUGCUGUCAGUGAGAGCUAAGAGUCACAAAGUAAAGGCAGUCAGGACCACGCCACUCGCCUGGGGAAAUCAAGGGAGGUCUUCCUGUGGCUGGGUUCCCUCCCACGUGCUUCCAGCAGAGACAGGCCACCCUGAGCGUGUCCCAGCUCAGGCAGCGGUACCGGACUCCCCUGACUCUGUCCCUCUCCCCUUCAGGAAAUCCACCUUCGACAUGUUCAACUUCCUGGCCUCCCAGCACCGGCAGCUGCCCGACUACGGGCCCUACGACGAGGAGGAGGACGAGGUGCCGCUCAAGUCCACCAGGCGGGCCACCAGCCUGGAGCUGCCCAUGGCCAUGAGGUUCAGGCACCUGGAGAAGACCUCCAAGGAAGCAGUGGGGGUGUACAGGUCGGCCAUCCAUGGGCGAGGGCUGUUCUGCAAGAGGAACAUCGACGCCGGGGAGAUGGUGAUCGAGUACUCGGGGAUCGUCGUGCGCUCCGUGCUGACGGACAAGAGGGAGAAGUACUACGACAGCAAGGGCAUCGGCUGCUACAUGUUCCGCAUCGACGACUUCGACGUGGUGGACGCCACCAUGCACGGCAAUGCGGCGCGCUUCAUCAACCACUCCUGCGAGCCCAACUGCUACUCGCGCGUCAUCAACGUGGAGGGCCAGAAGCACAUCGUCAUCUUCGCCCUGCGCAAGAUCUACCGCGGCGAGGAGCUCACCUACGACUACAAGUUCCCCAUCGAGGACGCCAGCAACAAGCUGCACUGCAACUGCGGGGCCCGGCGCUGCCGCCGCUUCCUCAACUAGAGGGGUCCCCUGGGACAGCCAGAGUGGGGGGACAGCGGGAGAAGGGGGGGGACGGCUCUCUGUACAGAAGGAGGUGGAAUGUAGGGAGUGAGGACGAGGGCGCGAGAGGGAAGCUUCCCCGGAAUCGGAGAAGAGAGAGGCCUGGGUCACCCCGGAUCUCGCUCCGGCAGAGCAGGUCAGAGAGGAACGUGGCGCCUCCAAUUCCCCACCCGGAAGAAGACGGCCCUGAGCAGACUUUCCCCAGACCCCCUGCUAGAAACCAGGAGUCAAACACUGUGAUUUUUUUUAAUGACUUUUUUUUUUAACUCGGAUUAUGUCGCGCAGAUUGAAGGAGCCAGGCAGAGGCCCGAACAGCGCCACCCCUGUUCUCUGGACCGGGCCAAGGCCGGAGAAGGACGGAGGUGUUCCGUCCCGAUCCGAGAGGGGCCCGGUCGGUGUGGCUGCAGCAGUUCAGUCCGACCUGGCUCGUAGCGGGGGGGGCAGUUCUGGACGGGGGGCAGGAGGGGAAGAUGAGUGCGAUGGACAGAGGGAGGGAGGUGACAGCUGCUGCUGGCCGCCACCGUUCGCACAGGUUUCCUCUAGAGUACCGAGCGAGUCCUCGGGGGCCCCUGUACACUGUACACCAGGGCUGGAAAUGGAGUCUGACUCCUACGCUAGUCUUUCUUGGAGCCAACACUAAGUACCGUGGUUUUACUGGCUGGGCAAACGAGCACUUUUCUCAUUUAAACCAUCAGUCAGUCCGUCUGGUUCUCACACAAUGGUCAGGAUUGUAUUUUCAAGUUGGUUUCCGUUUCGCUCUCAGUGGGGCGGAGAUGGGUCACCUGUCAGUGUGCUGUGAGCAGGGUCUGGCAGUCGAUAUCGGGAAGCUUUGAUGUAGUUUUAUUCUAAAACGUGCACUCGGCACACCUCCGAUGAUUCAGGACAGGAAAACGACAGCUCCCUCUCCUGUCCCGAGUCUUAAACCUGCUGUACAGCCGUUAAGCUCAGGCUGUCUUUAUCGCCUGCUGUAGUUCAGCGAUCCAGUUCAGGUGCAGAAUCGCAGACAUCUCAGUUCGUCUCAUCCUUCUGCCGGACAGAAGGCUGCGUUACAGUUGUGAGUCUUGUGCCAGUUGUGGCUGGGGAACUUCAGGGGAGCCCGUGUUCAGUUCUGGGAUCGAAGUACAGUAGCCUCCUGCCCGGAGCGCCGGGAUUGUUUCCUUAAGAUCCGUUUCCAGCUGCUGGAAUUUGACCGCAGACCCUUUCCUGUCGGAGGGGGGACAGGCUGGCUGGUUUUCUUCAACCUGUUCUCACAGUCCGCCCUCUCCUUGGGGUACUCGUGACCCUUGAACCCUUCCCUGUGUUCGUUUGCUUUGCGACCCGAGACUCGGAUCCGUCUGUGCGCAGGAGCAAGCCCGUUCCCUCGUGUCCUUGCGCGGACAAGUUCGUCCCUGCGCCUGGCUCGCUCCGCGCACGAUCGCGGGCCUGGUUUGUGAAACCACACCGCGCAGAUGUUCUCGGAGGUGGUCUAUUUAUAACCCCAGGGGAGGCGCAGGCCAUUUCCUCUGCACUGAACCUGGCCGCUCACCCUGGCGUAACCUUGGGAACGCCAGGCAGAUACAACAGCCGGCCAGCCCCAACCCCCCCCCCCGCCACACCACCACCGUGCCCGUUCCUAAAAAUAAAAACUCAAAAGUGUAGCAGGCCCAGGUGCCUCUCCUGUGAGAUCUGCUAAAUGCUCUGGGGAAGAUAAGACAUCGGAAAAUUCUUGCAGUGUUGGAACCAAGUGUUUGCAUGGUGCUAUUUUUCCCCCCAAUCUGAAGCCAGAAAGGACCAGACUUGAUGCUCUUAAGUUCCUCCACAGCUGGGCAGUGAGCUUCAUCCCUCUGCGUAGCGAUAUUUCAAGACUCGCACCGUUAGUGAGAACCUAAAGGAAAGAACUGCAUUCUUGGUUUCUUUGACUUUGGGGGAGGAGAGAAGUUGUAUUUUUUAGAGCAGCUAACUUUUUUUUUAAUUGCGUGCACAUAAUGUACAAUGUUGAUAUGUUCCUUGUUUUUAUGUACUGUUAAAACUAAAACUUUAACUCUUGAGGUUUAGAAGUCUGUACUUGAAGGCUUGAUUUACUUUUAGAUUUACGUUUACAAGUUUCCUUUUACGUUUUUUGUUUUACUUGAACAGAUAUAGAUCUGCGCAGAGUUGAAAAAUCUAAAAUUAGCAAUAUCUUGUGAUUUAGCCUUUAGUGGUAGAUCUCUGUUAUGACUGAGCCACGAUUUUAACGUUUUAGCAGACUAAAGUGAACCCCUGGCACGUUCGGGAUUCGUUUUUCUGGGGUAGUGGUAGGUGUUCCUGGCAGGCGUCGCGUCUCGGAUCUCUUUUCACGUUCAGUACAGUUUGUCUGCUCGUUCGCGGCACCACUUCGUCACGAGAGGCAGGGUGAGAAAGAGCAGUCCGGGUCUGUAGCAGGAGAGCCCAUCUUUCUCCGACGAGCAGUUUCCCUCGAUCGUCCUUUCGGUGCUUUGAGGGUUUCCUUUCCUUUCGCUCGGCUCUCUCCGUCUCCGAGGUCUCUGAACAGCCCGGCUGUCGGUGUCCCGCUGCAGCCCUGACCCGGUCCGACAACCAGCACUUUUAAAACACAGCAAACCCCCCUGGCCUGGUUUUACCCCCCUCACCCCUCACUCUAGGCAAGGGAAAUCGGGCAGCCUGUCUUUUCCGAAGUCGCCUCUUCAUACAGCUGCCAGCGCAGUGCAGGCCCUUGCGACCAACACCCCCCCGAGCGGCCUCCUCCUCCCCCACCUCCUUCCCCGGAGUUCUCUCGGAUCAGGGAUUCUACCUCAGUAGCUGGAAGAAUAUGCUGGGCUGUGAUCUCCUGUGGAAUCUGGUCCACCUGUGCAAUGAAGGAGACGAAGUUCCUAACCUUGACACGACCUGCACAACCCUGCCCCCGCUGUGACGCGCUGCAUACGUGUGUAGGGGAUACUUCAACAAGAGGAAAGAAAAAGUCAUAAAACAAGAAUUAAAAGUGGUAAACUGGCUUUGUUACCUUGUAUAAAUAAACCUUCAAGUUUGUACAUUUGUAUAAAUAUUUCUAAACCUGUUUAAUUUUUCUAUGCACUUUUUUAUUUAUGAUGUUAUUUGCUUAAUAAAGAUGUUAAGAUGUUUGAACAAAAAAACAGUGUGCCAGUUCUUAUUAAAGAGUAGAGACUUGGAACAAAACAGCAGAUUCUGACUGCUGGGCCUUCAGAAAUGUGCUCUGAGGCAGCUGUUCCCCAGUCACACACCUGCUUCUCAUUGCAGCCUAGCUCUUCUGGUUAUGGAGCAGCAUGAUGUGUAUCCAGCUGGCCCUCUGGGGAAGGAGUGCUUUUGAUGGGCGUUUCUGGUAGUGUCACCCCCUCCUGUUUUCGCCAUUGAGUGAUCUACUAGUAACAGCUAAUAAGGAGAGGCUGAGUUCAGCUCGAGUGCUGAAGGUGUGGAAGAAGUUGAAGAAGCUGACUGAAGAUGUUGAGUCGAAACGAGCAGGCAGGUGAGUGAAGUCGUCGCCCUAGCGAUCACCUGGGGCGAAACCCAGCCGGCGCCGUUCCUCCAGGGCCAGAGAGCCAGCGGCUGGAACAGCAAAUGCGCAAAUAUGGGAUUAAACUUGACUAUACCAGCCAGUCUCUUCCCACAAGCUCAUCCUGGUUUUAAAUGGGCUUCUAACAGGUAAUUAAGACCGGCCUUCACUGCAUCACAAGAGAGAGAGACACACCAAAACAACAAAACUGAAAGCAGGUUUUAAUUUUCAAAAUGCAGGGGGAUCACAAGGAGAGCUUGGCCUGUUGUGUAGACGUGACAUACUUGAAAUGUACAUGAAAUUUGAAAGGUUGAAAUUGAUUAUAUCUCGAGAUAUACAAGGAGAGUGAGAGAGCUGAGGUAGUAUAAAUCAGUCUAAAUAUUCCCGUGUAAUGCUAUUAUCAGAAAGAUUAUAGUUUUUUUUUUUUGUUUUUU